AUGUCCAGAAAGUAUGCACAUAGGAUGCGACCCGUUAUUGGUACCGCUGCUUCCCAAACGUCGUUCGAAAUUCCUACAAACCCAACCGAAUACACUUGGAACCAGAGUUGCUUCCUUCCAUUCCUUAUUUUCUUUGCGCAACUCCAAGAUCUAAGAGAUCUCAGCUUUAAGAACUGGCUGCGGCAGCAGGAUUGCCACGAACCGACACACGUCCCCACAACUCUUACCCACCCGCCUCGUCCACGACUUCCCCGUACCCAUCACGUGAGAUCUCCGGACCAUGUCUACGAUGAGCUGAAGAAGGUGUUGAUCCUCGCUGGAGCAUUCUUCUUCAUCACAAUUGUUUGCGUGAUGUCAAAACUGCAG